AGGUACUAAAAGCAUCAGGUAGACAACCAUCGACGCGCUGUGGUAUGAAUUAACAGCUAUUUCAACUUUCUUGUACGCAAGUAAAACCAGUUCCUUCGCUCUCGAGGCUAUCGAAGUACCACUUUCAGGCGAAGUAGUUCCUCGUCAACGUGAUUUGAAGUCCGUGCGACCUGAUUUUUUGACCAAUUUCGACGGUUUUGCCACCGAAAAUGACCUGCGACUGAUUCGUGUCGAUUUUCGGUGGAUUUUUCGCAGUUUUUUGGUGUUUUUCGUGCAGUUUUUCUGUGAGUUUAAGCGCAUUAUCAGUCGCCAAGAUGCCUUGUUCUGCUGUUACCUUAAGUUUAGCGACUAUAACUAGUAUAAUAGCGGUAGCACUAUUGGCCAUAGCCUUUGCUACUGAUAAUUGGCUGUACAUUGAAGUACGAAGAACCAAUAUACAGAAUUUCCUAAGCAGAAACUCAGAUGUGCAGAGUCAAGCAUUGCUGGAUGCCGUCAAUUCAAAGUACUUUUACUACACGAGGACGAAGGGACUCUUCAGGACGUGCUUUCCCAAGGAAAGGCCUCCAACUCUUAAAUUGUACCUGAGUCCAGUGGAAACUUACUGCUCAAAUAUUAACUACUACAUUCCUGAUGAGAACAAUGAAACCAAAGAUUUUACGGACGAUGCCUGGACAAGACUGCAUAUGGGAAGAUCGAUGGUAGCGCUUUUUAUCAUCUCAUUCUUCGCCGUUUUUGCAGCAUUUUGCACAGGAGUUACCGGAUGUUGGAGAAGAUCGCCAGGAAAUAUUACAGCCACUGCUAUACUUAUGCUGUUAGCAUGUCUUCUUAGUGCUGGUGCAAUGGGACUUUGGCACGGCGUCGAAUACUACGAAAAGGAGAAGCAAGUAGGAGAAGAGUUUUAUCAGCAAUGGAGUACUCUUUUACAGGACAAUACGACCAUAUUUUACGACUGGGGAUUUGCCCUCGGCUGGUUGGGAGUGUUUUCAUGCUUAGGAGGAUCGUUGUUAUUCUUUUUCGGGUCAUGUUGCCUCCAGGCCGAAAAAGAUAGAGAACAAUUGGACAAUGUUCAGUACAUAGUGCCAGUUUAUCCUCAAAAGCAACAGUAUGCUUAUGCCGGAUAUCCCGUCCCACCUCAACAGUACUCAGGACCGUACUAUACUACUGGCUCGGCUUAUGGACCUUAUAAUUAUUGAGUACUUGAGGAACGACUUCGAAAUGACAAAAUCCAUCAAAGUAGUAUGAAGAGGAGCCCGAUGUUUAUUUUGUAGAUAUAUUUUAAAUAUAUGGAUAAAAUAUGUCUUAAAAUGAAUUCAACUUUUUGUGCCUUCUAUAUUAUUGAAUGGUAAUUUUUACCGUCCAUUAUUAUAUCUUAGUUUUUGGUUUUAGUUAUAUCUAUUUAGACUGUUUGUAUAUUUACGUGGAAAUCGUUUCUAGGACUGAUUUUAUUUUAAAUGUGUAAUAGUUUCGUUUGAGUCUAGUAAAUCCUUCAACUUGUCUAAAUCUUGGGAAUCAUUUCGUUAUCAAACACGAACACGUUUGUUAUACAAAACUUGUAUAUUUAUUUAUUGGACUUGCUAUUAUGAAGAUAUAUAUUACAUAUUUUAAGCAAUUGUACAUUCCUUAGACUGUAGUUAAUAGUGAUGUAUGAAAUCGAUUAGGUUUUUUUAGGACAAUUCAGUGCAGGACCGGGUCAGCACCGAAAAAGUGAAAUUUUAUAAACAUACACGGUUUAUAUAAUAACCGUGUAUGUUUAUAAAAUAAUAUAAAUAACCGUGUAUGUAUAUAAUUUAUAUAAUAUAAACAUACACGGUCUUUUUGACAUUUUUCCUUCGCCUGCAUCCGCAUAGACAUUAACGCUGACUGGUUUUUUCCUUAAAAAAAUAACUAACAAUUUAAGAUAGGAAGUAACAAGUCUGGGCAGGGAAGCCCUAGAAUUAUUAUAUUUAUACGAAAGAAAGUCCUUUCCAAACACACCAAUGAAAAAUUGUGGAAAACAACGAAUUAUCACUUGUUGCUGUGAUAGCCAGAUAACAAACUUGAGCUAAGAACAACAUAUUUUUAGAUUAGCGACUUCUUGCUACUAUAAACUGUAUUAAUUUUUAUAUACCGAUUAAACAUUUUUAAAUUAAAUACAAAUAUUGAAAGCUUUUCCUGUAAGUACAUCCGUAAAUUGUAGUGUAAGUCAAUCAAAUAAACGUUUUAUACCUA